AUGCUAGAACACCUUUAUAAAGAUGGUUUCUACAAAUUCGAAACAUCCAACGAUGGAAUUAAAAAGAGGCCAGUUGUGUAUGCUACUGCAUCAGAACUCGUAGACUUUAUCUUUGAAAAACGAAACAUUGAACACAUAGAACAAUCAAAAAUAAAAGUAAUGGCAGAUGGAGGACAAGAUUUCUUCAAAAUUUCUCUUUCAAUAUCAAUUCCAGAAGACAACUUGAAAGAAAAUGACUUGGAUAAAAGUAAAAACGUUUCAACUUACUCUACUGGUGAAAGUAUGGCAAAUAAACGCAAAUUGACUAGUGUGUUUAAAUUGCUUUUAUUAGGCAUAGUGCCUUGGAUUAAAGAGACCUAUGAUAAUUUUAAAAUUUUGGUUGAAUUGACUAAACUCAAUGAGAUACCCUUUAAAUUUCUUGGAGAUUUAAAGCUCGUUCUAUUGGUCAAUGGACAGCAAACUGCAACAGCUUCCUACACUUGCCCUUAUUGCUUCGUCACAUUAAAUUAA